AUGACUCCUAAUCAUCCUACAAACGACUCCAUUAAGUGCAGCAUCCCUGUACCAAAAAUCUCCGCCAGUGCUAUAGACUUGGACAUCAAGAUCGACGUCAUGGUAGACCGUGGCUUCAACUACUUACUCGAACGCCUGCGAGAUCGGCGAUGCAUCCCUAACGGUAACACCUACAAGACCAGAGUGAGGCCCUUGGACCCCGGCGAGCACAAGGACUGCCCUGGCCAAACACACGUCUAUGAGAUAGAUUGGGACGAUGACUUCUCACCGAUAAUGCCACGCGCUAUCAAAAGCCGGGACUUCUCCACUGCUUUACUUAAGCGCCUCGAUAAGAGCUCUCAGGCAAUGCCUGACAGGCAUGCUUGA